AUGAAUACAGACGGUGGGCGUUUUGAUUUUGACGAUGGUGGGACAUAUAUUGGAAAUUGGUAUCAAGGUUCGGCGCAUGGGCUUGGUUUAGCUACAGGACCAAAUGGCGUCGGUGAAUAUUCUGGUGAAUGGAAUCUAGGCUUUGAAACAUGUGGUGUCUACUUGUGGCCAAAUGGAAAUAUGUACGCUGGAACUUGGAUCAAAGGGAAACGUCAUGGUGAUGGUGUACAAGUUAGAGGGAGAUGCAUUUAUCAGGGAGAAUUCAACGCAGGUGCUUUUGGUCAGUAUGGUGUAAAAACAUCGAUUAACAGUCAAGCAAAGUAUGAAGGAAGUUGGAGCCUAAAUCGAUACGAAGGUUUCGGUGUUGAAACUUGUGCCGACGGAAGUGUCUAUGCCGGUGCCUGGUCAAAAGGAGUUCGUCAUGGACUUGGUGUUCGUAAAUCAUUUAUCAGCUAUAAAGCGAAUUCAUUCUCCGACACCAAUUCAGUCACUCACUCGUCACCAACAAAGUGUAGCCAUGAGGAGAUUUUGUGUGCUGGAGACAGUGGUAGCGGCAGUGGUACAUGUGGUGUUGUUCCUACCACUAUUUCUAGUGAUCAGGGUAAGAAGACUGCUUCCACUAGUCAUUCUCCUGUAUUAUGUGAGAAACGACACAGUUCUACUGUCAAUCUACCGUCGAAUGCGUCGGCGUGCGUUAGUCGUAAAGCUGUCAUUGGCAGGGCAAUUAUGCGUCGGUUGAAAAAACAGCACUCUGCUAUCGAACUGGGUCGUUCCGUAGCAAAUCAACCAACCAAUGCGAAUGGUACAGCUGCUUGCAGUACACCGAGGGCUUCACCACCUAGAAUGAAACAAUCACUUACUCCAAGUGAGAAUUCUCAAUGUCCUUUAAAAGAUGAUUGGAAACACAGAACCUCAGGACAAUUUCAAGCGAAUAAUUUAGUCAACAAAGUCAAUCGUAAAAGUAAACUUCAUUUAGUGCGUCAAACAAAAUUGAAGGAAUGCGUUGAAGACGCUCUAUUUCGAGCUGAAGCAGCUGCAAAACAAGCGAAGCUGGUUGCUUCGGAACAUGCCAAAGAAAGAGCAUUGAAAGCACGUAAAUCCGCUGAAUUGGCAGUGUCUGUUAUCCAGAAGGCUCUUCAUUUGUCUGACAAAGCAAGAGAAUUAGCUUUUCAACUGGAACCACAGUUUCACCAACCAGGAAUUGAAUGGCGCAAGAAAUGUCAUGAGUUUUUACCUCCAACUUCAAGUGCACUCUUUAGUCAAUCACGUUUAAAUGAAGAGAAUAGUCAUCAGAUUCUUGAACAAUUACAACAUCAAGAACCACAUCAAAUCACGGUUACACCACUGCGUUCAUUGAGUAAUACACAAAGUUUCAAACAUCGUCAACACUAUCAUCAUUCGCAGGCAAGACGAAAGUUUUUUCGUAAAUUUCUAUCACGUGACUCUACACCGAGUUCGGUUGAUCCUACAGAUGAGCCGUCAUCUACUGAUUUAUUUGAACGUUUCGCUAAUUUUAAUAAUCCAAAUUUUUAUCGAUUUAAGAAGCCUAGUACUGGUGAUGUAGCAGAUGUAUCCCCGUUGAUAACAUCAAGCGAAUUAAUUCGCCCAUUUUCUGCGCCUCAAAAAACCUUUAUGAAUGAAUUGAAAGUUGAAAGUUACUCAGCAAAUGACAGAAUAAUUUCACCACUGAAAGAAGUUUCCAAUGAAGAUAUGGAACCACAGAAGGGUACACCAACUGAGAGGAAUGUUGAUAUAUUUAAUAAACAGAUGAGUUCAUCAGCUGGGGAUCUUGUUAGCUUGUGUAAGUCAUCCAUGGAUCCAUGUUUAGACAGUUUGAGAAAUUUAUCCUCAUAUCGAGAACCAUUGCAGCAUUUAUCACCCUGUAUGAAGUCACCCGAGUCUCGUAGAAGUACUUCAGAAAGACGAAUUUCAAUGUCGAUAAAUAAUGACAAGAUCAAGAAGUUAUCACCUAUUCACCUGGCUACUGUACCGCCGAGUACCACUUCAUCUAAUUCCAUGGAAAGUGUCUCUCAGAAUCAUGCUGCAUCAAGUGAAACAAUGGACAUUAUGAAAAUUGAAAUCAACGAUCAAAUUCACUCGAAUAGUCAACUGCAGUCGUCUAGUGUGAGGCAAGAAGAAAUGAAUGAAACUCACCCCUUAUGGAAGUGCAAAUCUCCACAAAUUGUACAACCGAGGAAAAUCAGUCCCGGUUAUCUAAAGAGUAGUCAACAUCCUCCAAAGUUGAGCAUGAAUUCAACUCAAGACUCUGGCUACCUAUCAAUGGAUCCUAGUGAAUCACGUUCGUUUUCAAUACAAACACUGAACAGAUCCAUGUCAUAUCAAGCUCCUGAUGCGAUUUUAGAGUCGGACAGUGUGAAAGAAUUUCAAAUAGGGCAGAAAACUUCAUGGACAAAAAGUGAAGCUGGUCAUUUUCCUGUUAGUGUAACAGUAUAUAAACCAUUGCUAUCAGCUAUGAUACCAGCUGACUGUUCCAUGCCGAGUCGACUAUCUCCUCAAGUGAAAUCAUUCAAAACGUCAAAUGUAUUUUCUGCUUCCUUAUCACCAAAAGCAAAAAAGAUUAAAGUGCAAACUGAAGAGAUCCCAUUUCAGUCGGUGACAAGACGACAGAUGAUCGCUGCUAGACGAAAAUUUUCAACUAGUCCUAGAAGGUGUUAUAAAUCAGAUGCUUCUGUCUUAGUUGAGCUUCCCCAAAGGCCAGAAUCUCACUCAAGUCAAAGGUACUGGAUACCAACAGACAAUGUAUUGCCUUGUGCAAGUGAUAGCUAUGAACAAGAUGAGCUUCAGGCGAGGCAACUUAAAUCCCACACCGACUACUCUGGGCAUUAUUUGUCCCCAUCGCAAAAUGCAAAGAUUUUUCAUACUUAUACUAGCAGUGCUGGUGACAACGGAGGUUCUGGUGCUGUUUUCCGUAUAGGAAGUGUACAAGACGUUGAAAGUGUCAGUGAGAAAUCAGAAUUCAGUUCAGCCACUGUUCGGUCAGCUCCACACUGCCGAACCGUUUAUACAGAUUCUCCGGUAAAUGAAUUCAGUCGGCUUAAAUCAAGAGAAUGGCCUAUGGAGAUGGGAAAAGUCUAUUGUACUCAACAAAACCGAUUAGGUCACUGGGACAGCUCGACACCAUACGAUUUUGUUCAGUAUCAGUUACCUACUGUUUAUUCCGUCGCUGCUGUUGAUGACGAUGACAGUGGUAGUUCAGUGUUAUACCAACAGUCAACACCUCGGAGUGAUCGCCAUUCUGUGGAUCGCUAUGCGCCACCGGCACCCAAUCUAAAAAGUCAGAGAGCAAUGAGUGAUCGAUUUACAAAGUUACAUACGAAACCAUUUACUACACAUAAUUUUACUUGUUUACAUGGCUGGUGUCAAAUGCCGAGGAGCAGACGACUUCAGUUUACACCUAAUCGAGCUUACAAUGCACAUGAAGAUGGUGUUGUGAAUGAGGAACACUUUACACCAAUCUUUAAGUUAACACCACACGGGCAUCCUCGGAAACAUAAGCAGGUUCAUUUGGCUGCAGUUCAAGAUACCACAAUGAUUUCACAUCCUCAAGAAAUUUAUCUGAAAAGGUAUAGCAUAGAUAAUCAACGAUAUUUUACUAAGAUAGAUUCUCAGAAAUUGGAUUUUCCAACGAAUCACUCUACGCAUCCAUUUCAAUUUAAUUUCAAUUUACGCCAUGAUAAACGUUUCCAGCCGUCAACACCGUCGUCAUCUUCAGUUUAUCCUGCUAAUUCCAGUACUGUAUGUCCAAGUAAAUAUGUUUCAACACCACUGACAAGUGCAAAUGCAUUGUGGAGUAAAGCAAUGAAUCCAUUCUGCAUGAAUAAGACAGUGCAUACAGGAUCAUGGCAACAAUUCCCUAAAAAAGUUUUUCGAUCCACCUAUCCAUAUUAUGCAGCACAGAGUUUAACUGCCAAAAGAUUUCAACAGUUUCAUCAUCAACGGAAAGGUGAACAACAACGAGAACAAUUUGCGUCCAAAUAUUCAACGUUCCCAAUGAACACUAGUCGGACAAUCAAUCGAAAUAAUUUGGAAUAUUCUGUCCUGCCAACAGAUUCAGCAUUACCAAUGAGACGACCUGAUUCUGAGACUGGUGUCAAAAGAAUUAUUUUCAGCAAUGACAAUCUUAACCAUGAUAUUCAUAAUGGUUUUGAUGAGGAGGCGAACUGGUUAUACAGUACACUAAAAGCUGAUGAAGUCGACCUGUAUGCAAGUCAACAAGAUCCAAAAUUAAAUUUUAGUAGUCCGGGAACAGUGGAGAAUGAUGACGAAGUGAAACUGUCGCAGGAAAUAGCUACUAUUAACCAACAUCGACGUCGUACCAGUUGGCCGCAAACUCUUUAUGAGUUCAUACCAGAAAUGUACUCAGAUUAUUACUCCAACUCUAGCCCAACAGUGGCUAACAUUGGCACGAAACCGAUUAAGCCAGAUGAGCUACGCUUAACAGUGGGUGUUGUUGGCAGAAGUUCUGUCAUAUCUAGCCCUCAAACAACACCCUCAACACCAGUUAAAAGUAAUAAUCAACAAUGGUUCUCUUAUUACAACUCAUGGUACUCACUCACACUAAUGAACACGGUGAUCUUAAUUCUGGUCCUGAUCAUUUCAAUUAUCAAUUGGCUAUGGCAUGAAGAGAAACAGAAAAAGGCUAAUAUGCCCAACUGA